AGCCCUUUUCUCCUUUAUUUUUCUUUACGUUUAAUCAUGACUCAUUUCAAGAGUUCAUUCUGGUCUCAAAAACAGCCAGAAUCAACACUCCCCGACUUUCAGACCGGGUUCAGCGUGCUUCAUCAAAAACUAACCCAGAGUAAAAUUGAAAACGAGGAACUAGUCUCUUUCUUUAAAGAUCGUAUUGCGCUUGAGGAAAGUUAUGCAACUAAGCUGAUAGACCAGUCCAAGGUCAGUUAUAAGUCAACAGGGUUUGGUCGAGAUGAGGGAGCUACAUUAAAAGUAUGCUUUGGAAAGCUCAAGGAAAGUACGGGUAAUAUUGGGCAGAAGCAUCGAGAGACAGCAACAGUCCUUGGUACUCAAGUGUUGAAGCCACUUCAAGAGUUUCAUGAGGAUUACAAGAGGAACGUAGCACACUCAAAGCAGGCAAUGGAAAGCAUGUUUAAGCAGUUUGAUGGGCUCGUAAAGGAGACGGAAAGAGCAAGAUAUACGUAUCAUAAAAAAUGUCGAGAAAAGGAGAUGGCUGUCAAAUUACCCGAGAGUCCCGGUCAAAUGAACGAACUAGUGCUAUCAGCAACAUCAAUUCAAUUGGGAAAUAAGAUCAUGACACCGACUGAACUAAACGAGUUAGUAUGUCGCAUGAAGAAGGAUAUUACGAUGCGUGACUAUAAAGUGCCUAUCCUCGGAACUUAUAAAAACACAUCAACAGGAGAAGAUAUCUCUAUUUGGUUACAGCACAAUCUACCUCAAUGCAAAGAUUCACCCGCUAUGGCAGAUGUGGUCGGACAACAGUUAAUUCAGCCUUACAAUGUACUUCGACUUGUAGGACAAAGAGGAAGCAAGUUUACUGCAUCUGCUUCAUGCUAUUAUCAAUGGCGUUCAAUGACUGAAGAAGAUAACACGGAUGAGGUGGAAAAGGCAGAUGAAAUUUACAGAGCCUACGUGAAAAAAUUGGAUCAGAUGCGCAUGGCCAUUGAGGAAGCCAUGUUUGCUCACUUCAACGAAAUGGAGCAAUUAGAAUUGAAACGCAUAAACCAAAUAAAGGAGAGAAUAGCAUCGUUCAUUGACUGCUUAUCAACUUCUCAACAACAGCAAGAACUAGAAAAUAUGAAGGCAUUUCAAGAAUCUCUCAAGCCAGAUCAAGAUAUACAAUACAUUAUACAACAGUAUACUGUAUCUGGAUUUUCUCCAAAGGCGAUUCUAUAUAAUAGCUACUACCAUGACCUUGGCCAAGAUCAAGUGUUUGGUAUACCCCUGGAAGAACUUGGUAAAGAAUCUGAAGAUAAGGUACCACGCUUUAUUAAAAUUCUACUGGAGGUGAUUCAGAAUGGGAUAGAAAAAGCGGAAGAUAAGGAUAAGGUUUGGUCUACACCUUGUCCACUAGAUCAAGUACAUGCCGCUUGUUUGGAAAUCAACGGUCCUCAAGAUGAUCUGACGGUGGAAAGAUUAGAAAAGCAUGAGCCUGCACUGUUGGUUGCUGUACUUCGAUACUACUUCCUUGAGCUACCAGAUUGUUUAAUGACCUUUGAGAUGUACGAUCCUAUCAGCACAAUCUUAACAGGAAAUAAAGAAUCAAGGCUGGCCUCACUUAGUAACCUAAUCUCCACGCUUCCUGGCACGCACUUUUUUACUCUGAAAGCAGUAAUGGAUCAUCUCGUGAAGUACAAGCAAACUGUAUCCCCUACCGUGGUAGAUACUAUCUGUCAGUCCUUGGGACCCACCAUACUUCGCGCCAAGACUGAAUCAUAUACAACCCUCCAUAGCAAUAUACCUUUUGAUUUUAUGCAUACACUAUUUGACCAUCACUCAGAUCUGUUUUCAGAGUUAACAUUGAAACUACAUGCAGAAAGCGAGAAAAGAAGGCUAGCCAAGCCGAUCAUCAUGCCUAAUGAGGCCAAAGAAGAAAACAAAAAGACCUUCAUGUCACUUAUCACGCCUAUCGUGGAUGAAAGCAAGUGGAGCUCUGUGAUGGGCGUGUUUCAAAGAAACCCAUCGAUGUCAUCACCGACAGUAACUGAGCCCAAAUCAACCAUUUCACUCUCGUUUGGUUCUACUACCAUCACACAAUCACCGCCACAGUCUCCUAAGGUGGUUAUGUUUGAUGGUGGGGACAUCUUUGACGAUAAGGCGGAUGCUUCAUUUUUUGAUGAUGAUGAAGAUACAUAAUGGAGUUUUAAUUCUUCUUAUGGUGCAAUUGACGAUAGCACCAUCUGAUUGGAUGAUCUAAUAUUCCCUCCUCCCUCCUCUCCAUUUCUUAUUGUGUAUGAUUGUCUAAAAAAAGAAAAUAAAUAGUAACAUGUUAAUAAUAGUACUACCAUGUAUCAUUGAUGAAUGUCAACAUAUUAAAG